GGCAGGCGCAGUUUCAGUUUUACUCUUAAUACGAGCACAUCAAUAACUGACUAUGAAGCUCUUUGCCUUUGUCUCUGUGGCUGUUGUCCUAUUGGCAAUCGGGCAAACUGAUGCCUUAGGAGGAAGCCCACAUGUUCUCUGCUAUUACGAUGGAGGCAGCUAUAUACGCGAGGGUCUAUCCAAACUAACUUUGAACGACCUGGAACCUGCUCUUCAGUUCUGCACUCAUUUGAUUUAUGGAUAUGCUGGCAUCAAUCCAACUUCUCACAAAUUGGUUAGCAACAAUGAGAAAUUGGAAUUGGAUCUGGGCAGUAGUCUGCUGCGUCAGGUGACCAGCCUUAAGAAGAAGAAGCCCGACUUGAAGGUUCUUCUGAGCGUGGGUGGUGACAAAGAUGUGGUCGAUCCGGAAAAUAACAAGUACUUGACAUUGCUGGAGAGCAGCAACGCUCGCAUUCCUUUCAUCAACAGCGCUCAUUCCUUGGUUAAGACCUAUGGCUUUGAUGGUCUCGAUUUGGGCUGGCAGUUCCCCAAGAACAAGCCAAAGAAGGUCCAUGGCGGCAUUGGCAAGUUCUGGAAGGGUUUCAAGAAAAUCUUCACUGGCGAUCACAUUGUCGAUGAGAAGUCUGAAGAGCAUAAGGAGGAAUUCGUGGCUCUGGUGCGUGAGUUGAAGAACGCUUUCCGUCCAGAUGGCUAUCUGCUGGGACUUAGUGUCCUGCCCAAUGUGAAUUCAUCGCUGUUCUUCGAUGUGCCCGCCCUGAUCAACAACUUGGACUACGUGAAUCUACAUGCCUAUGACUUCCAGACCCCUGAACGUAACAAUGAGGUCGCCGACUUCCCCGCCCCAAUCAACGAGCUGAAUGAACGCAAUCCCGAAUCGAAUGUGAACUUCCAGGUCAACUAUUGGAUAAACAAUCAUGCUCCCACCAGCAAGAUCAAUGUGGGCAUUCCCACCUACGGUCGUGCCUGGAAGAUUACCAAAGAUUCCGGUCUAACUGGUCUGCCACCUGUCGCGGAGGCUGAUGGCGUUGCACCAGCUGGUCUGCAAACACAGAUCCCCGGCUUCCUCAGUUGGCCCGAGGUGUGCGCCAAGCUGCCCAAUCCAGCCAACCAGCAUCUGAAGGGAGCUGAUGGACCACUACGCAAGGUUGGUGAUCCGACCAAGCGCUUCGGCAGCUAUGCCUAUCGUUCGGCCGAUGACAGUGGCGAGAAUGGUGUCUGGGUUGGCUACGAGGAUCCCGAUACCGCUGCCCUCAAGGCUGCCUUUGUAAAGACCCGAGGACUGGGCGGCGUGGCCAUUGUCGAUUUGAGUUUCGAUGAUUUCCGUGGAGCCUGCACAGGCGGUGAGAAGUAUCCCAUUUUGCGUGCCAUCAAAUACAAGUUGUAGACGCGUCCAGCCAAACGGAAUUGGCAUGACAACAAAAUAACAUUCUUUAUCGCAAGCAUUUUGCCUUAUUUUUGCUCUUUUGAAAACUAUUUUUUUUCCGCAUUAGAAUUAUAACAAUAAUAAAAACCUAUGUAUCAUUGACACCAACACGA